CGCAAUAGUGACCGCAGGAGGUGAAACAGAAACUGAGCAAUGGCAAAACUUCUCGCAGCUUUGGGGGUGCUGCUCACCCUGCAGAUGGUGAGUUCCACCAUGUUGGUGUGCUACGUUACCAACUGGGCCCAGUACAGGCCAGGAGCGGGCAAGUUCACACCUGCCAAUGUGGACCCCUUCCUCUGCACACAUGUGGUCUACACGCUUGCCACCAUCAGCCCCGACAACCAGCUGGUCACCAUUGAGUGGAAUGAUGAGACCAUGUACGAACAGCUGAACGAUCUGAAGCUGACCAAUCCCAACAUGAAGACUCUUCUGUCCGUCGGAGGUCUGGUUAAUGGAGUCAGUCCCUUUGUCAGCAUGGUCUUCACGCCAGAGGGACGCAACACGUUCAUCAGAUCUGCCUUGACCUUCCUGCGAACUCAUAACUUCGACGGGCUGGACUUGGCCUGGGAGUUCCCAGGACAGAACGGCAGCCCCCUGGAUGACAAGCAGAGGUUCACUGUCCUGCUCACAGAGCUCAGAACGGCCAUCAUGCAAGAGGCCAUCGACAACAAGAAACCCCCCCUCCUGCUCUCCAUCAAGGCCGGAGCUAUGAGGGACACCAUUGACUACGCCUAUGAAGUCCCUGAAGUGUCCAGCCAAGUGGACUUCAUCAGCAUCAUGACUUACGACUACCAUGGAGCCUGGGAGAGCAGGACCGGACACAACAGCCCUCUCCACAGCAGUGGCCUGGACACGGGAUCCCAUGUUCACCACAACAUCGAGUCCACAGUGACCUACUGGCUGGACGAAGGGGCCGAUGCUGGCAAGCUGCUGAUGGGCUUCCCCACCUACGGCCGCACUUUCCACCUCACCACCUCCAACACCAACCUGGGCGCUCCCGCGGAUGGCCCAGCCAACGCCGGCCCUUACACCCGCGAGGCUGGCUUCUGGUCUUACUACGAGGUUUGCUCCUUCACAUCGUCUGGCACCGUUUCCUGGAUUGACGAGCAGAAGGUCCCCUAUGCAACCCAUGGCAGCUCCUGGGUGGGCUAUGACAACAAGGAGAGCUAUGCCGCCAAGGCCGCAUGGCUGGGGACAAAGAGCCUGGGUGGAGCCGCCGUGUGGACACUGGACCUGGAUGACUUUGCCGGCUCCUUCUGUGGGGAUGGUGCCUACCCUCUGGUCAAUCACCUUCGCAACUCUCUGGGCUUCCCACCCAAACCUACCACCACCGCCGCCCCCACCACCACCCCCGACCCCAUCAAGGACUUCUGCAAGGGCCGCCCCGAUGGCCUCUACCCCAACGCUGCUGACGAGACCACCUACUUCCAGUGCUUCCGUGGAAACACCUACCUUCACAGCUGCCAGCCUGGCCUGGUAUUCGUGGACGCAUGCAAAUGCUGCAACUACCCAUAAAUGUUGUGACUACCCCCCUUCUAAGUUACUGUGAAAAAAUGAACAUGAACUGUAUCUUGUGAUUUUGUAAGGAAAUUCCAAAAUAAACUAAGUUACAUAACAG